CUCGCUUCCAGAUAAUCAAGAAGUACGAGUUAUGGCGCGGUUGGGUUCGUGUUUCGUUCUGUUGUAGUUGUGUUAUGUUCUGUCUCUGGGAAUUCCGCGUGUGAGGCUUUGAGUUUUAAUGCGGAUCGGCAUUGAGAACAUUAAGCAUGAGGCAGGUAACUUGCUCGCAUGGACCGACUAACGAUUAUGUCUUAACGAGUCCCAUAGGAACCAUACUUGUCAAAAGUUGUCCCAGUGGGUUGCAUUCUGUGGGCCAGACUGAGGACGUUACGGAUGAUACUUUUAAACCAAACGAGAGUUUGCAGGUGCGCAUGCUCGAACAGAAGUACGAAGAUAAUGGUUAUACCUACAAGCCGGUGCUGAGCUGUGUACGGUGGCUGAACUGUUACUUUCACGAACCAGAGAUGUUGAAAGAAUUGGAGAAACCGGCUUUGUGCAAGAGCGUGCGAGUUUCUAAAGACAACUUCAUUGGCGUCGUGUGGUCGACACUGUCUGACCAAGUCUCUUUCGGCGAAACCAUCAGCUACGGGGCCCUGGCAACCCUGUGCAGUCGCCACGGAGCCGCCCGGGCCGUCGGCACGGCGUUGAGGCGCAACCCGAUCCAGAUACUAAUCCCUUGCCACAGGGUUGUCCGAUGGGACGGCGGGACGGGACACUACUCCGGAGGACGGCGAGACACCGUCAAGGCCUGGCUGCUCGAACACGAGAAGAAAGGGGUGUAGACGCGUAACGGAAGGUUGCGACGAACUGUGAUAUAAAUACGAGGGAAUGGCA